CGGGAUUGCAACAAGAGUCAGUCAAUUGCAUCUCAUUCAGUUUUACAUUACUAAAGCGCAUCCCGCGUCGAAUUUUCUGUUACACUAAACCCUCAGCAUCCAUCCGAGAUCAUGAACUCGUUGUCCGUAUUCGUCCUGCUAGCAAGUGCUAUUGCCAUGGUUAGCUGUGCUCCACAGUUCGGAGCUUCCGGAGCAGGUGCCCAAGCUGCGUCUCAAGGUAUGGGAAUGGGCACUGGAUUUAUGCCCCAUGGCCAUGGAAUGGGAAUGUCUGGAUCAGCUGCUCACGCCGGAGCACAAUCCCACUCGAUGGGUCACGGACCGUUCCCGGGAGGCAUGGGCAUGAGUGCCUCGGCUGCCAACGCUGGUGCGCAAAGUUUUGGCCAGGGAGGACCGUUCGGUGGCCUCAGUGGAUCUAUGGCCAACGCUGGAGCCCAAAGCAUGGGACAAGGAUUCGGCGGAUAAAUAAAUUAACUGGCGAUUAGCUGAAUUUACUGGUAUUUAAGCUGUGUAAUAUGAUAGAACUUAGUUAUGUUUGAAGGUGCGAUGAUUUUAUAAAGGAUAUUUAUUGAAACUGAAUAUAACAGUGUAGUUUAAAUCUUACGUGAAUACAGGAUGACAAAUAGUUCGGAAAACACCCUUAAAUGUAUUUUAACUAACUAUGAGUAGACCGUGACUUGAACAGAAGCUGAUCAUUUUAAUAUUUAUCUGGACCAUGGUCGAAAUAAAGUGAGAUCGGGGGAAAGUUGGGAUGGCUGCCGAGCCACCAUAUCUACUUCAUGGUUGGCAAUGUGAUAAAUCAUUAAAAACAACUUUCCACAGAUGAAGUGUCAUUUAACAACUUUUUCAAAUCUGAUCAAAAAGCUCAACAACAUUUAAAUGUCUGGGAACAAUUAUAAACAGCCUUAACUUAUUAGAGCACUGUGGGGCAAGAGGGUUUCGGGUCAUUUGGCCGAAUGUCGUUUGGCCGAACGUCAUUUGCCCGAAAGGGUCAUUCGGCCCAAUGCCGUUUGGCCGAUAU